AAUACAGUGGUCCAGCAAAUUCAUGAACUAAUGACCCCCUUCCACUUGCUAUGACAAGACCAAUGAUAACCACCCAGUUACCUAGUAACCCCUCCCCCGGGAUUAGAAGUAUUAGGUCAGGACGGAAGGAUGAUUAGAGUGUGUUUUGACUUCUCGCCGUGGGUACUGGUCUUUUUUCCGAGUGAUUAUGAGCCAGGUAGCUAAGUGGCUGCUGAUUCAGAGAGAUCUCCGAUAAGGUUGUAGGAUGUUAUCUAAUCCCAGCAGUGUAUAUAGUCUCAGGGGGCGCCUGUACACGGUAUUGGAGCCACUUCCCCAAGCCAGCAUCAUCCAAGAGAACAGCAUGACGGCUUCAAUGAAAAGUGCCACGCUAUCUGCUCUCCUGCUAUGUUUCCUCCUCUACAUCGCGGACUCGUAUCAGAACACAGACAUGUCACGAAUGGGCUGCGGUGAAUGCACUCUGAGGAGAAACCCUCUGUUCUCUCGGGAGAGACCGGUGUACCAGUGCAUGGGUUGCUGCUUCUCCAAAGCGUUCCCCACUCCCCUGAAGUCCAAGGAGGCCAUGAUCGUGACAAAGAACAUAACAUCGGAGGCCACCUGCUGUGUCGCAUCACGUAGCACUCCGACCAAGGUUACCUUAGGAAACGGAAACACAGAGUUGGUGAAGAACCAGACCGCCUGCCACUGUAGUACCUGCCGUUACCACAGACAGUAGAGGUGGAGACUGCAGCUCGUCCCUGAUCUGGAAAAGAAGUUCAGCAACAGAUUUUCUUCAUGAUGUGCGCGUGCCUUCACUCUUCUAAAUGUCUGUAGCUCAACAUGCACCUCUCUUGUGUAAAUACAAUAAUAUCUCUCGGUAGAUUAAAUUAUAAAUUAUAGAAAUAAACUUUAUCAAAACAUGUA